GGUUUAAUUCAUCGGUUGACGUUGUUGUUGUAAGUGGAGGAGAAAUUACUUUGUCGGUGGUGGUCCAGUUUGGGAUUUUACACGGAGUUCCAUUAAUGAAGAUGUUAAAAAGUUAGGAAUUGUUUGUCUUGGAAACGUGUAUGGUACUCACGAGUUGGUAUUUGCUGGAAAACUAAAUGGGAUGAUGAAAACAACUGCGAGGCCGUUGAAGGUGUGGCAGGUAGAGUAGCACAAAGUAGAGGACCGCUUCCCCCUCGCCCCUGCCCUUGCCUUGAGUCUGCGUUUUAAUUUAUUUUUCUGCCCGGAUACAACCCGCAACCUGGUGAAUUCAUGAUCACAUGACCGUGGAUAUGGACGCAGUCCUGUCCGACUUUGUCCGUUCCACUGGAGCUGAACCAGGAUUGGCCAGAGAUCUGCUAGAGGGCAAGAACUGGGAUUUCACUGCUGCCCUCAGUGACUUUGAGCAGCUAAGACAGGUGCAUGCUGGGAACCUGACGUAUUCAAUCGCAGAGGACAGGUCUUAUCUGCCACCCGAAAAGGAGAUGGCCAGGGUAGGGCGGCCUAUACUCCACCGCCAAGAGGAUGUGGUGCAAGCAGCUACAGAAAAGCGUCUGUCGAGGGGCAUUUCCCACGCCAGUUCAACCAUCGUGUCGCUGGCCCGCUCUCAUGUCUCAAGCACUGGAGGUAGCAGUAGUGAACCACUUCUGGACACGCCCCUGUGCACUUUCCAGCUACCAGACCUCACCGUGUAUCGGGAUGACUUCCGUGGCUUCAUCGAGAGGGACCUUAUUGAGCAGUCGAUGAUGGUGGCCUUGGAGCAUGCAGGGCGACUGAACUGGUGGACGAAAGUGGUUUCAAACUGUCAGAAUCUGCUGCCUCUUGCAACAAGCGGAGACGGAAAUUGCCUGUUACAUGCUGCUUCGCUUGGUAUGUGGGGUUUUCAUGACCGGGACCUGAUGCUACGGAAAUCACUGUAUGCGCUGAUGGAUCACGGGUUGGAGAGAGAGGCAUUGAAGCGCAGAUGGAGGUGGCAGCAGACCCAGCAGAACAAAGAGUCCGGUCUGGUGUACACGGAGGAGGAGUGGCAGAAAGAGUGGAAUGAACUGCUAAAGCUCGCCUCCAGUGAGCCAAGAAUACACUACAGCACCAACGGCACCAACGGGGUGGAGUCCUCAGAUGAACCAGUAUACGAGAGUUUAGAGGAGUUUCACGUCUUUGUCUUGGCCCACGUCCUCAGAAGACCCAUAGUGGUGGUGGCCGACACCAUGCUGAGGGACUCAGGAGGAGAGGCCUUUGCUCCCAUCCCGUUCGGAGGCAUCUACCUACCACUGGAAGUGCCAGCUGCCAAGUGCCAUCGCUCUCCCCUGGUCCUGGCAUACGACCAGGCGCACUUUUCUGCCCUGGUCUCCAUGGAACAGAGGGAAAGCUCCAAAGAGCAAGCAGUUGUGAUCCCUCUCACUGACUCUGAGCACAAAAUGCUGCCGCUGCACUUUGCUGUGGACCCUGGGAAAGACUGGGAGUGGGGCAAGGAUGACACAGACAACGUGAUGCUGGCAAGUGUGGCUCUAUCUUUGGAGGCCAAGCUCCAGAUGUUACACAGCUACAUGACAGUCACCUGGCUGCCCCUGCCCUGUGAGCAAGCCCCUCUGGCCCAGCCCGAGUCUCCCACGGCAUCAGCAGGAGAGGAUGCCCGAUCGCCUCCUGACUCAGGAGAGUCAGAUAAGGAGUCAGUCAGCAGCAGCUCCAAUGGCAAUGGAGAAACAACAACAGGAUCAACUGUCAAUGGAGGAGGAUCCUUGGCCAAGAACAGCUCCUCUUCCUCAUCUAGUUCCUCCAGCAGUGGCUCGGCGGGGGCGGGGACAGGAACAGCAGGGAAGGACAAAUACAAGAAAGAGAAGGACAAGGAUAAAGACAAGAAGAGGGCAGACUCUGUGGCCAAUAAGCUUGGCAGUUUUGGCAAAAGCCUGGGCAGCAAGCUGAAAAAGAACGUGGGCGGACUAAUGACAGGAAAGAAUGCUGGAGCUGGAGGUGCCAAGCAGGAGGGUGUGGAGAAGAAGAAGGGCUCAUUUAGGGGGAGGAAGGGCAGCAAGGAUAGCUCGCCUUCAGCCCACGCCUCAGAGGAUUCUGGGAAAGGCUCCCCCUCCUCAGGUAGUGAGCGUCUCAAUGGAACAGGGAGCAGUAUGAGCAGCAGUGGUGGGAGCAGUACGGAGAGCGAUAACUACAAGUACAGUGCUGAUGUCAAGGUGAGCCUUGGCAUCAUGCGAGCCGCCAUGCAAGGCGAGAGGAAAUUAAUCUUUGCCAGCCUUCUGACUACCAGCAACCGGCAGCCUUUCCAGGAGGAGAUGAUCCAGCAGUACCUUGCUGAUGCAGAGGAGCGCUUUCGGGCCGAGCAAGAACAGCAGCGGCGUGAUGCAGAGAGGAAGGGCGUCACCAACGGCAUCCAGCCACCUAAGAAAGAGACCGUUGGCAGUACAGAGCUAACCUACCGGCCUUAUGAGGCCAAAGAGGAGCUGUCGGAGAACUUGUCACCUUCCUUUAACCAACUCAAGCCCUCUCUUUUGAGCCCCUCUAUGUACUCUGGUGUUCUGCCCAUCCCCCGGCCCUCCUUUAUAGACCAGACUCCUGCUUCGGCACCCCUUACCCAGCACCUUCAUAUGCACGGCUUCAUGGAUACUCGGCGCCAGCUAGCUGGUGGCUCCCCGGCAACCUCCUACCCCGGCCUGCCCUCUUACGCCACCCUUCCCCGGCACUGCCCCACAACACAGGGUCCCUCCCAACCCCAGUACAAUAACUCACAAGGCCCCACCUCCCUGAGUCCCUCUCGCCUCACGCCCUCGUAUCACCCUGAGUUUGACCCACCAGACUACCCUGGGUCUGAACCCACUGGUGGGAGUUACACCAACGGUUUCCGGGACAUGCGCUCCAACUUAGACUCUCGGAGUGGCCAACCCCCGGUCAGACACUACUCACUGGGCAGUGCCGGUGGUUUGGCCAGCCUGCAGUCCACCCGCUGUCGGACACCUACCUGCACCUACUACGGACACCCCGAAACAGGCAACUACUGCUCCUACUGCUACCGGGAGGAGCUGAAGAAGAGAGAGCCAGAACCAGCCAUCCACAGGUUCUGAACAAACUUUUGCUAUGGCUUGAAUUCGAUGAGUGGCCUUUUUCAGUUAAAAAAUAUAACGGCUGGGGCGGAUCAGCCUCUGAAUGGACAAGAGAAAGGCACAACCAACUCCCUCCUUUUUUUAGCUGUGUCACUUCCUGUUGGAAUAGACAACCUCAGAUAGGGGCAGAGAGUCGACACUGUGGCUGCCCGAUCUGUCCCGGAAACCUGAUUUGUUCUAAGUAUGUGCGAAGAUGGUUGAGGUUAGGCAUUGACUUUGAAUGGGUAGGGUCAGGAUUUGAAUUUGUUUAUUUUGCACAAUAAAAUCCAAACAGUUACACAAGAAAAUACAGAUUGUUACCCUAAAAGAAAAAGGUAUGUAACGAAAAGAGUCCUAAACAAAGAAGUUGAACCCAUGUAAGCAUUACAUAAACAACGAAGGCAUAAAAUAAAUUACAAGAAUAUAGAUAAAAUGAUUAGCCCAUUUGUCAGGGGAUAGGACCUGAAAAUCUGGUUUCCGGUAUGGGUCACGUAGUAACCGACACGACUACAGAAUAAGCAGGAUGGAUUCUGGCUGCUGGGGUUGCAUGUUAGACCAUAGAAACACUAACUGCACUUCUGUUACAUUUGUGUGUGUGUGUGUGUGUGUGUGUGUGUGUGUGUGUGUGUGUGUGUGUGUGUGUGUGUGUGUGUGUGUGUGUGUGUGUGUGUGUGUGUGUGUGUGUGUGUGUGUGUGUGUGUGUGUGUGUGUGUGUGUGUGUGUGUGUGUGUGUGUGUGUGUGUGUGUGUGUGUGUGUGUGUGUGUGCGCUUUGCAGGCUCUCCUCCUUUAUCAGUUUAAGGCCUUGCUACUGUCUCCUCCUAGUGGAGAGAAUGUAUAUGGCAGGCGCCACACAUAAUCCUCAUCAUCACGUAUAUACAGUACCGCCACGCAUAUACACUAAGUUAGAUUCACACUACUACAUACGCUGACAUGCAAGCACAAACAGAAAAGGCACGAGUGUCUCCACUACAUUUGUGGUCUGUGAUAUAUUUGGAUUGGUUAAUUAAGGGAUGUUUGAGCAUUUUGAAGUCCCAUCCAGUUAGGGUGAUUUCAGUGUUAUAUAGGUUUUACACUACAGCUACUCGAUGCUUGCGUCAUAUGUACCUCAAAACAGCAGAAUGAAUCCUUGCCUGUCACCAUUUGCAUAAUGCAAAUUUGAAACUACUGUGCAAUGCUGAAUGAUUAGGCGUUCUUUAGGCUGCUGUGGUGCUAAUGCUCCAGAAUGCAAACACAUAAAUAUUCAUGCAUUAAAGACAACUGCGUUGUUAUGCUUUUGACAAAACACAAUUGAUACAUCUGUAAAUUGGAUUAUAAAGAUGUCAACAUUUUAAAGAUUAAAUGCAAUUGGCCAGAUUGUUAACCAGGCAUUGUUGAACACAGGUGACAUAGCAACAUGGCAUUACAGUAAGAUACUGUUCCCAGAGUCUGAUCCAGAGUAUUAAAUAUGUUUGUUGUAAUGUUUCUCUAUCAUGGUUGGGCUUCCUCUUUCUGUAACAAUGGUUGGUGUUGAGGCAUUUGAUUUUUGUGGCCAAGACAGGCAUGCAAUACUUCACACUACAAAGUCAAAAUGUCACAUCCAGCACGACAGCUUUUGGAGACGCCCUUCAAAUGCGUAACAUUCUGUAAAGUUAAAUUAUUAAAAUGGGACUAAACACAUUUUGGGAUUUCAGAGAAGUAAAGUUAAUAAAUCAUUUGUUAUUAAACAAAUGACAGACUUGCUCUAAAUCAGUGGGGAUGUCUGCAGUCGUGACAGUUGUCUCCAAUUACUGUGUGCAUGAUGCAAAUGUUGAUACCCAAUAGCAUCCACAUUGUGUAAAUUCUGGUCACAAGUUCUGAUUCUGAAACUCUUGUUUUGAAAUGACAAACCCUCUGUGCUCUGGUGGUUGAGAAAUGUGAAGGAAAAAAAAUAUUUCAUACAAUCUCAUUAUCACAAAAAAGUCAUCCAUUCAUGUCGUCUUCACUAAUAGGACAUCUUAAUGCUAAUUGGUUUGGUUGCCCUCUGCAAAUUCGGAAGUUCUACUGACGGCAGUUUCUUUUUUCUGGCAUUCGUCCCGCCAAAUCCAGUUGCGUAUUCUCUUGUUGCACAAAUUCAAGCACUUUCCUGAUGUCCGUAGAUAGAAAAGUUUUACUGUUUUUGAAGUGGCCUGACUGUUGUCCUUUGUUCAUCUCUGCAGACACUGCCACCUCUGUUCAUGGGGAAUCAGGGGCACAGGCUAGAAGGGUUUCUCUAAAGGAUUCAGUUACUGUAGAGCUAAAGCAUUUUGGUGCCAGCGUCACCAUCUAACUCAGUUUCCUAGUUGCCUUUUUCAGCAUUUGUCCUCGUGGCAUCACCAUCCUGUUUGUACAUUGUGCAAGACGAACAUCAAGUGUCCACUGCUCGCUUUGCCUGCAGUCUCUACUACUACUGUCCCAAAAUUUAACAAAUUAUAAUUAUUUUUUAAAUCGUGGUGAAGCUAUUGAGAUAACGAUUCUUUUCAGUCGGGCAUAUCAACUAGUUGAUACCGGCUGAUGGUGUUUGAGUCUUCCUUAUAAUAAUCAAUCAAAUUUAAAGCUGUUUUAGUUGUACUAACGUCAAAAAGGCUACUUAAAUAUUUGUGAUUAUUUCUCCUAUGAGAAGCCAUGGUGAGGAAUUUCUUUUGAGGUAGUUUGACUCUUGUUGAUUGAUCGAAUCCGUUUUUUGGCAUUAAGUCUAGAAAAGCACAACUUAGUAUGCAAUUCACUGCCUUGCCCAGUUGAGGGCACUCUUGUUUUGUUUUUGUUUUUAACUCAGUUUGGAGCGACCUACACUCAAACUGCAAACAAAAAUAACCAAAAUAUUGGGGAAUUAUUUUCAGUAGUGCUAUUACAACACUAUGUAACACUAUAACAAUAUUUUCUAUCUUGCUAAAGCUGGUCAAUGAAUACAGGAGUUUAUUCGCUGCAUUUAAAGUAACACUAGAUUUAAAUGACAAGAAAACACUUAAAUCAUGCUAUUUCCCAAAAAGAAACGUGCAUUUGCUGUGUUUAUGUGUGUGUCCAUGCACUGGCAUUUUGAUUCAGACAAUACCCAUCAAGUGUUCCCUCACUGUGGGAAGAUGAUGCCUGUUU